UCAGUUCCUAUAAGUCUUAACAUGGUCCAGCCAAAAACCAAAAACUCAAAAUACUUCCCUGCAGUCACCCUUAUCGCUCCCAUUGACCACCAUAUAAAAGACGAGAAAAUUGAGUCAAUGUGUCAAAAUAUUAUUGAGGAUUUGUCUACUUAUGGAGUAUGUGUUCUAGAUAAAUUUUUAGGUGAUGAGGAAGGCAGCCAAAUUUUGGCGGAGGUAUUAAAUAUUAAAGAAAAAGGAGCACUUAGAGAUGGUCAGUUGGUGUCAACCAAAGGUAAAGGAAAAGAGGAGUUAAAAACAAUUAGAAGUGAUCAAAUUUGUUGGGUGCAUGGGAAGGAAAAAGAGUGUGAACAUAUUGGAUAUUUAAUUGGAAGGGUGGAUGCAUUAAUUACUAGGGCAAAUAGAAUGGUAAACAAUGGAAAAUUAGGACAAUAUAAUAUAACUGGAAGGACGAAAGCAAUGGUGGCUUGUUAUCCCGGGUCUGGCACUCAUUACGUGAAACACGUCGAUAAUCCAAAUAGGGAUGGACGGUGCAUUACAGCUAUUUACUAUCUCAAUAUGGAUUGGAAUGUGGAACGAUCUGGAGGUUUACUGAGGAUAUUUCCUGAAGGCUUUCCUAUAGUAAGUGGCACUUUUAUUUUAGUUUUCUUCUGCGCCACUAGUGUUAUUUUAAAAUCGACAUUGCAUAUUACACAUACCAUUACUUAUUCUUUUUGGGGGUUGGUAGCUUGGUAGAAAGAGCUAAUUGAC